AUGUCUUCUUCGGAGAAAGCAUACAACCAGCCAUUUAGGGACGCAUUCACCAGCAAGCUUACUUCCAGCUCUGAUUUGGUACAGCAUUUCCUAAAGCCAAUAAACGCCACACUCAACAAGAGCGAAGAAGAAUUCGAAGAUUCCCUCUGGUAUUCCUGGCAAGAUGUAACGUCCCUGGCAUGUCAAACACUGCAUGAUCAACAAGAAGGUUUGGUGAGCUUCGUGAGCGAAUUGAGAAAUCAGCCUGGACCGCUGAAAGAAAAUGGAGAGAAGGGAACGAUCAGAGGAGAGGAAGUGGAAUGGAAACAAUUGCCUAUGCUCGGCAUGGAAUUGAGGUCAUGUUGGAACACUUCACCACAAGGCAAAGGCCAAUCAGACGAAAGCUGGGUCAAUCUCAAUGCAUUUGCCGCACGACUUACAGCACUAUCUUUUACAGGGGACUGUCUUGAUUUCUCACUAUACGCAAUCUGGACAUUUCGAGAAGCGUUUGAAGACUCUGAUCUGAUGGGAAAACUUCCAAAUGCAAGUUUUCUCCAAGCCGCAGCUGUGUGGAUGAUUUAUGCGAGUGGUGUAUUGAAGGAGCGAGCCGAAUCGAAUCGGUGCUUCGAUGGAAAGAAAGCGAGAGAGGGAAAAGCGCUAGAGGGAAAAGGAUGGAGUGGAUUCUCAGUGGCGAGAUGGCAGUUAUGGGUUGAGAGGCUUGGACUGGUGAAGGAGAGGUGCCAAGAUGAAAAGACGGGAGAACUUCUCGUGGCAGCUGCUUCUACGGACAGUUUGAGGAAAUAG